AUGGGGAAGUCUUCAAGAAAAAGAGAGCGCACCUCCGACGAGGAUGUUGCCGACACGAACGACGCCAAGCCGAUUGUAAAGAAGAGCAAGCUUGACCACACCGACCAGACCGAAGUGAAGAAGGGUUCCAAGACGAAGGAAGCGAAGUCAGGGCCGGCCGCUGUUGAGCAAUCCUCUAAGUCCAAGAAGGAGAAGAAGGAGAAAAAAGAGAAGAAAGAGAAGAAAGAGAAAAAGGAAAAGAAGGAAAAGAAGCACGAGGUUACGGAAGCAGAGACUGCUGCCGAAUCGGUCACCGAGCCCACGACCGUUGCCCCUGCAGACUCAGAACCCAAGGAGGAGAACGGCGCAACCAACGGCGUGCCCAGUAGCACAGAUAAGCAGAGCACCAAGGAGGAAAAGAAGAAGAAGAAGAAGGACAAGAAAAAGAAGGCCAAGCCGUCCGCCGAAGCCCAUCCCGACGCAGGCCCCGAAAAAGAAGAAGCGUCAUUCGAAGAGACCGCCGCCGCUGCCGACGGCGAAAAAGAGAAACAGACCCGCUUUAUAUGCUUCGUGGGCAACCUGCCCUUCACGGCGACAGUCGACGCCGUGACCAAGCACUUCUCGUCGCUGCAGCCGACGUCCGUCCGCCUCCUCACGCAGCGCGACGACCCGUCUAAGUCGCGGGGCAUCGCCUUUGUCGAGUUCGGGCGGUACGACCACAUGAAGACGUGCCUGGAGAAAUUCCACCAUACCGAGUUCGACGACGGCAUCUCCCCGCCGAGAAGAAUCAAUGUUGAGUUGACUGCAGGUGGAGGCGGCAAGACGGCCAAGCGGGUGGACAAAAUCAAGCAAAAGAACGCCAAGCUCAACGAGGAGCGGGCGCAGCGAAUGAAGAAGGAGGAAGAGGCUAAGCAGGAGAAGGAGAGGGUCGCGCCCAAGACGCAGGAGCAGCGGGAUGAGGACGCGAUACACCCGAGUCGGAGGGCGAGGGUUCCGUAUGGUAGGAAAUGA